UCGUCACAGCACUCGAUUCGGCGUCGGAGCGAUCAUGAACUGCAAGGUCCUUCUUCUCCUGGCUGUGGCGGCUGUGGCUGCUGCUGACAGACGCCCAUACUCCUACUCCGCCCCCCAGUUCUCCUCUGAGGAAUCCGGCCCCGCCCACUACAACUUCGAGUGGAAGGUGGACCACGACGACUCCGGCAACGACUUCGGCCACCAGGAGGCCCGCGACGGCCACGACACCCAAGGAUCCUACUACGUGCAGCUCCCCGACGGCCGCCUGCAGACCGUCAGGUUCGCUGUCCAAGGAGACUCAGGAUUCCUCCCUGAGGUGUCCUACGAGGGAGAGGCUCGCUACCCUGACUCCUCCGAGUCGUUCGAGUCCCGCGAGUUCCGUGGCUACGCCCCUCCAAGGCCCGUCUACGGUUAAAAGACACACACGUAAGCACAUGAAUGGACAACUCUGGUUCUCUUCACUGAUUUUGUAUUUAUUUCACUCAUUUGUAAGAUAAGCUAUGAUGACGAGUCAGCAUGUAAAUAUAAACAAAAUAAUAUAUCUUCAAUAAAUAUGCAUAAUGAA